AUGCCCCCUCCUGCUGGGCGAAGAAUUGGAGACGAUUUCGUGGACGACUCGGAGUCGGAUGUCUCCAUUGGUGGCCUCGAAGAUGACCAUAGCAAACCGAAAGGGAAGGGGAAGGGGAAAGCCACUGACAAGCGGAAGAUAGACAAGGGAAAAAGCAAGGCAAAGGACCAAGCCUACGCGUGGGAGGCGACGUAUACGCGUUCAUGGGACACCGUGCAGGAGGACGAGGCGGGGCGGCUCGAGGGCGCCGUGCAGGACCUCAUCGCGCGCGGACGGAGACGACGGCUGCUCGCGCCCGCGGCGGCGAUCCGGCGGACGAUCAUCCGCCACCUCGUGCUCGUGCUCGACCUCUCGUCGGCGAUGACGGACCGGGACAUGCGCCCGACGCGGUUCGACCUCAUGCUGCAGUACGCGCGCGAGUUCGUGACGGAGUGGUUCGACCAGAACCCGCUCGGCCAGAUCGGCAUCGUCGGGAUGCGGGGCGGGUUGGGGGAGCGCGUGGGUGAGAUGUCUGGAACCCCGCAAGACGUGCUCAAGUCGGUCUCGGAGCGGCACAAGCUCGAGCCGGCGGGCGAACCGAGCUUGCAGAACGCGGUCGAGAUGGCGCGGAGCAGCAUGGGCCACCUGCCGACGCACUCGUCGCGCGAGAUCGUGGUCGUGUACGGCUCGCUGACGACGUGCGACCCGGGCAACAUACACGACACCAUCGACGAGUGCGUGAAAGACAAGAUUCGAAUAUCCGUGGUCGCACUGGCGGCCGAGAUGAAGGUAUGCCGGACCAUGUGCGAGAAGACGGGAGGGCAGUUCGGGGUCGCGAUGAACGAAGGGCACUUCAAGGAUCUCCUCUUCGAGCUCAUCCCGCCUCCAGCGCAGAAGGCCGGGGCGCGCCCUGGAGCGGGGCCCGCGGCGGACUUGAUGAUCAUGGGCUUCCCGAUGCGUCUCCCCGAGUCGUCGCCGCCGGCGCUGUGCGUGUGCCACUCGGAGCUGAAGAGCGAGGGUUUCCUCUGCCCUCGGUGCCUCGCCAAGGUCUGCGACGUCCCGACGGACUGCGACAUCUGCGGGCUCAUGAUCGUCAGCUCGCCGCACCUUGCGCGGAGCUACCACCACCUGUUCCCGGUCAAGCCGUACGCCGCUGUGACGACUCUGGCGGAUACCGCGCACCCCAGCAAGCGAUGUCACGGCUGCGCGAGUGUGUUGAGAGAGGCCCCCGCGGCAAGCGCAGGCGCCCUCGGGGAGGGCAUGAGCCCCUACGGACGGUAUCGGUGCCCGGACUGCGCGCAUGACUUCUGUAGCGACUGCGAUGUGUUCGUGCACGACGUCGUGCACUGCUGUCCCGGCUGCGGGAAAUGA